AUGAGGCUAAGGGGAGAACCCGAAAGUGCGAGGAUCAUCCGACCACCCGGGCGAGCAAGGGGAAACUUUCCAAGAUGUUCGGGUUGGGCACCCGGUGCUUAUCUUUCCAUGGCUCUGGGAAGACUUGCUUAA